UAACAUUUUAUUAUUUUAUUUGUUUUAAUGAAAUAUAAUUGUAAUCAUUGUGUAUGUAGGUUUAAUUUUUUUUUUAUUUUAUUAUAUCAUUUCUGUUUUUAAACAGUUAUAAAAAAUGAGCUGAAGCGAAAAAUUGGUUACAACUGUUUGUCGUGUAACUCUUGUAAGUAAACUAUAGUUAAAGAAUUUGUUGUGGUACUAUAUUUAUCAUUGGUAGGCCUACAACUGCUCUGUUCAAAGUACAAUAAAUUUUGUUAACAUUGAAAAAUUAUAUCGGAACGAAAUCAAUUAAUUGUUUAGCCAUCCUUGCGUGCUCGUUAUCGGGAGUUUGACACGAGGAGAAACGAAAUUUCAUCUUAUAAUCAACUUAAUAAUAAAAAAUUGUUAUAACUUAAAUUUGUCCUUUUAAAUUUAUUUUUCCUAAACAAUUGUUUGGUGAGUUGCAAGUAUAUUAUUUAAUUUCAAUAAAUUACUAUUGUUUUUUUUUUUUUUUUAAUUAUUUGGUUCAAUGAACAGACGAUUAGUGUAGCGUGAACGCAGUCGUGCGGAUAAACAUUGUAUUUAUGUGGGAAUUAAUUUUUUGGAUAUCCUUAAAUAGUCGCGUGCAAAGUUGUAGACUGGUGUGUAAACUUCGUAGUCAAAGACGUUGUACACUGUUCGUGAGAUCUGAUUGGGCCCGCUCGCUGAUAAAGUUUGAUCCGCUGAUAACGUUCACGAGUAUACACUAUACAUAUAUACAACUAUAAGUGCAUAGCAUGUUGUGGCGUACAGCACAAUGCAUUAUUAUUAUUAUUGUCAUUUGUCACGGCUUUGAUAAAUUACACGUAAGUUAGACGAUCGGUGUGCAUGCGUUACGCAUGUCGCAUGUUGAAGUUCAGUACAACGUCGUUAGAGCAGUGCGUAGGACGAACGUAGGACAAAAAUUUCGCUCAGCCUCGCACUAUCGGUGUUUCGCCGAUACCAUGAAAUAGCGCGUGCUACCCCCGUGUUUGUGGUGCACGUAUUAUUGAAUAUAUUAUUUCAUAAAUAAUAUUGUAAAAUGUCUGGCCGGAGUAAUAGGAGACCACCAUCGCUGAGGGUUCUGAUACCCGAAGAACAGCCUGUUGUUAACCUGCCUCGAAACUUGGACAAACGCACCACUAUCACGAUUGGUGACCAGGAAACCACAGUUGAGGCGAGUGACCUGCAGAAAAUUUGUGAUCUCGGACGUGGUGCUUAUGGUAUUGUGGAAAAAAUGCGGCACAUACCUUCUGGCACGAUCAUGGCUGUCAAAAGGAUAGCAGCUACAGUCAACACCCAAGAGCAGAAACGACUUUUAAUGGAUCUGGAUAUAUCCAUGCGGUCAUCAGCUUGUCCACAUACAGUGCAGUUUUAUGGGGCACUAUUCAUGGAGGGUGAUGUAUGGAUAUGCAUGGAAGUAAUGGACACUUCAUUAGAUAAGUUCUAUGCUAAAGUGUACAAGUUUGGACGGAAGAUUCCUGAACAAAUUCUUGGACCUAUUACUGUAGCGGUUGUUAGUGCCCUUCACUAUUUGCAUUCUCAAUUGAAAGUAAUACAUCGUGAUGUCAAGCCAUCAAAUAUUUUAAUUAAUCGUAAUGGCAAUGUAAAAAUGUGCGAUUUUGGUAUAUCUGGAUAUCUUGUUGAUUCUGUGGCCAAGACUAUUGAUGCAGGAUGUAAACCGUACAUGGCGCCUGAACGAAUAGAUCCUACCGGAAAUCCAUCAAAUUAUGAUAUUCGAAGUGAUAUAUGGAGUUUAGGAAUAUCUCUUGUGGAACUUGCCACAGGCAAGUUUCCAUACGAUACGUGGGGCACUCCUUUUGAGCAACUUAAACAAGUGGUCAAAGACGAACCACCGAGACUAUCUACUGGUAUGUUCACAUCAUACUUUGAGGAUUUCAUCUGUCAAUGUUUACAGAAAGAUUUUCGGAGUCGACCAAAUUACUCCCAACUACUUGCCCAUCCAUUUUGUCUUGCUCACCAACAACCACAAACAGCUUUAGUCGCAUCAUUUGUGUCUGAAAUUUUAGACUUGCCUGAUAUGCCUGUGUCAGGCUAAAUUAUCAGCAAUUAAUUCACUAACAAUAAUAUAUUUAUAACAAUAUCUGUAAUAUUGUGUAUAAACUAUAAUUCAAUUUAAGUUUAUUUUACAUAAUAAUUAUAAUAUUAUUAACACCUUUUAUAUUGGUAAAAUUGUUAUUUACCAAUAAGUCAUAAGAAAUAAUAUAAAGUCGAAGAUAGUUUACUAAAGUAUUUUUAAUUAUUAUUUGUAUGAUAUUAGUUGUAACGAAUGAUUUGUGUUUUAGAAGAUCUUGGUUUAUAGAUUUUUGUUUCUCGUUUUGUUUUCUUUUUAUAUAAUUGCAUCAAUUCUUAAAAUAUAAGGAUUACCCGACUAAUAUUUUUAGUACUUAGCACAUUGCUAUCUAACUGUUUUGUUUUUAUGUUCCAUAGUGUUUUCAUGUGAUAAUGUUAAAAAAGCGAAUCAAAAAUCUGUACCUGUUUAUAUUUUACCAUAUUAGUGCAAUAUAUCUGCUCUCGCAUA